AUGGUACGCACUUGGGUUUGUAUCAUUCUGGUCAUUUCCAUUUUUUCCUACCUCGAAUCAUCGUCCGAUGCAGAAAAACUCCACUUUAAAUUUGAAGAGAUUGCAUCAGUAGAUCAUCAGUAUCAUAUAUCAACAUAUAUUUCAAAAGUAUUUUGUAAUAUUCGAACGAUUUUUAUGAAUAUUUCGAUUGAGAAACAUGUUCCAUUUGCAUUUUUCGAUCGAAUUAUUCGUGCAUUGAAUCGCUGUACAUCGUCGGGCAUCUUUUUACAUGGAUAUGAUAGUUCCAAACAACAAGAACUGGACGUCAAUCCAUAUGAACGAGAAAACAUUGGAAUCGAGCUGUACUCCCUGAAUAUUUUGCGAAAUUCACAAGACUUGAAUUUGUCGUAUGUUAAAAAGAAGAUGAAAAACAAAGAAUAUACGUACUAUGCGAUCGUUUUCACUGAAAAGCUAACAUCCGAAUCGGUAGACAUCGAGUUGAAGGCGAUUUUCAAUCAAUUUUGGCAACGUCAAGUAUUGAAUGUAAUCAUUGUAUUUUGGACCGACAAACUGAAUUGUUUUACCUAUUCGCCGUUCGAUAAGAAACUUAUUUCAUUAAAUGUGAGUGAAAUUCGUGUGGAACGGUUAUUCUAUGACAAAACAAAAAAUCUAAAUGGUCAUAAAUUACGGAUGGGUAUGUUUUUUGAGCCACAACGGGCGGAAUUCCAUGAAAUCAAUGGAAAGACAAUUAUGGACGGUGUUGAUGCUAAAUUUGGUGAAAUGGUUGCGAAAAAAAUGAACGCAACAUUUAAAUUGAUUGAACCCCAAGAUGGUUGUUCAAUUGGUGAAAUGUAUCCGAAUAAAACGACGACGGGCGUUUUUGCUCUAUUACAAAAUGAAACGGUCGACAUGAGUUUUAAUGCACGAUUUUUUCGUAUGCAACAAUUUUUCGGCAUAAUUGAACCCACUUUAUCGAUUGGACGCGAUGAUUUGUGCUUUUUAGUGCCACGAUCUGGCUUCACAUUGGAUCUCAAUAAUAUAUUCGAUGCAUUUGAAAUACCCGUUUGGAUACUAAUCAUCGUUGCAUUACCUGUUUAUGCGAUUUUCUUUUAUAUUUACAACACCAUACAACCGUGCAAAUCAUAUUCAUUCGACCAUGUAGUUUUGCGUCUGUUCGGAUGGAAUUUGAAUCAACCAUAUAUGCGUUCACCACAUACACUAUUGGCUAAAAUCAUAUUGGGUCUAUGGAUCAUAUAUUCUGCGGUUAUAACACAAUGGUAUAAUAGCAAUCUCACGUCAUAUCUGAUGGUGAAAUCUCGAUUGCCGGAUAUCACAACAUUACACCAAUUGGAGCAAUCAAAUUAUCACAUACUCACCCUACAAAAAUACGCCGACCUAAUGAACGAUUCUCUAAUGAAAUCGAAAAAAUACGAACAUCUCAUGGGACGCAUUCAUGCCGUUUCCCAUACAAGUGAAAUUGUUUACAAUGUCGGCCAGAAAAAUGUGUCAUACGCAUACGCCCAUAAGGACCAUAUAUUUCGAAAUAUUUUGAAUAAACACAAUUUAUUCGAUACCUUUUUACAAAUGCCGGAGUGUCCUGUGCCGUUUUUGAAUGUAUAUGCUUUAGCAUACGGAUCGCCGUAUAAGGGUCGAGUUAAUUGGAUACUAGGGCAAUAUCAAGAUUGUGGCCUCUUGGAUCGUUUGAACGACAUGAAAUUGCAUAUGGAGAAAUUGAUUCAAAAUCGCCAUCGAAAAUCGACCAACGAGCAUGAUGUUCCCAUUUCAAUUUCUCACCUUCAAUUGGCAUUUUACAUUCUUGUUUUCGGCUGUAUUGUAAGUUUUUUCGUAUUUCUCUUUGAAAUCUAUGUAGCAAAACGCCGAUCAUAA